CCGGGCGCGCCGGUCCGGUUCAGGUCCUACCCAGUCGUCAGCACCCGGCCAGCUCCUGUGCUCAGCACCAGGUCGUCUGUUGCCCUUAGGAAGAAGAGCGGAUACGGGCGCCCCUGCCAGGUCGGGGUCACGUGGCGGCGCCCUUCGUCGGGCUGGGGUGAUCGAGCCAGCCACUCGUUUGACGAGGCCGGAGGGCGCGGGCGCUGGCUGCCACCGCUAGAAGCUGACAGAAGCAUGGCGAGUUUUCAAGAAAGCUACCGCGUGGAUACUCCGCGCUUCGCUGAGAUGAACAACCUGACGGCCGGACAGGGAGCCGAGAUUUUGUUCGCCACCGAUGACUGGUUUGCUGCUGCAGAAAACCUGACCAGGACGACUGAGCCUGUCUUCAAAGACGGGCUUUUCACGAGCGAGGGGAAGUGGAUGGACGGAUGGGAGACGAGACGGAAGCGCAUUCCAGGCCACGACUGGUGCAUCAUUAAGCUCGCCAUGCCAGCCGUCAUUUACGGAGUGGACUUCGACACAGCUUUCUUCACCGGCAACUACGUGCCUCGGGUGUCCUUGCAAGCAGCCCUGCUCUCCAAGGAAGAGUUCGCGAAGUUUCCACCGCGGGCGACGGGGGCGGGAAAGGCAGCUGAAGACCAUGAACUGAAGACAGUGAAGUCUCUCAAAACAGAGCGCUGGACGCGUAUCACGCCCAUGAGUCGCCUGCGGCCGGGCUACAAGCCGUCGCGGCACAACUUCGUGCCGGUCAGCGACAGGAGCGUCUACAAUGUGGUGCGACUGAACGCCUACCCGGACGGUGGCAUCGCCCGGCUGAACGUGUUCGGCCACGCCUACCCCGACUGGAGCGCCGUCAAGCCGGGCGAGGUCGUCGACCUCAUCCUGGCCAAGACCGGCGGCGUGUGCGUGGCGCACUCGAACGCCCACUACGGCCACCCGCGGAACCUUAUCGCACCCGGCCGCGGCGCCAACAUGGGCGACGGCUGGGAGACGGCGCGCCGUCUGGAUCGGCCCGCCAUCCUCGAAGCCGACGCUCGCGGCGUGCUGCGGGUGCCCGGUCAGGAGUGGGCCAUCUUCCGUCUGGGCCAUCGCGGCAGCAUCAUGGAGAUCGAGAUAGAUACGUGCCACUUCAAGGGCAACUUUCCGGACGCCGUGAAGGUGGACGCCUGCGAUGUGGAGCGCUACACCGAGGACCACCUGGAUACAUACUACAACUGGACACCGAUACUGCAUCCACAGAAGAUGCAGCCGCACCACCAGCACCUCUUCCAGGGUGACGACAUCCUGCCGCACGCACCCAUGACGUACGUACGCAUCACCAUGUCUCCCGACGGUGGCAUCAGCCGCGUGCGCAUCAACGGCACGCUUCAGUUCGACCGGUUCCAGACGUGGACGCACGGCAUCGAGUCUGUCACGCAGAGCCUGAGCGGCAACGGUGGCGACGGUGACAAGGCGAGGAACGGAGCCAUCGAGCCGCCCGCCGCCGCACAGCCCGGGGCGUAACCGUCGCUUCACCGCCCCACCCCGACUUGGCGACCCGGUGCUCCUGCGGAUGAACGUCACGGCUGGUAGGCGGAAACAGCGCACAGUGUCGGCAAACAGCCGGGCCGUCACGUGCUCGCGCGCAUAAGUAACGAAACUGGAGCAUCAACGCGCGGCAGGACAAUGUUACGUCCAGGGACCGAGUCUGCACUUUGUAAAAUUAAUCGCGGGAUGGCAAGGGCACGUCGUAUUUUUGCUGUUUUUGGUAUUCUUCAACGACGUGAUUAUUUAAGUGCGAGAUGACUUCGCGUGAAUAUGAGGCACAGAUGAAGGUGGAGGGCACACUGAAUAGGCACAAAGCCGCAGCUAUGGGCACGCAGUUCCGCGUCCAUACGGGCGUAUGAUCGUGUCUAAAAUGGGCGGGCCUUGUAUCAGAGGUAGGCCUUUUCUCUCGUCAUCGUACGCACGGACACACGGAACGUGAGGGGACCAUGGCCGACCCGACCAGCCCGGCUCAACCCGUUUCCACGCCGUGCAUGUUCGAACAAUUCGGUUAUGACAUGAUUGAUCGCCAAACAAAAGAGUCGGCGUAGAGCUGCGUCCGAAGCGGAGAGUCACGGGAGGACUGACGUUGUCGGUCUGCGACUGAGCAACCACAAAACCGGCAGGCGUACAGAUAACGGUCACAAUGCGGACUCGAGAAUGGGCGCAGGAUUCGGCUUCCAUGACUCAGCCGUCACGCUGCCGGACUGUCAGAUCGGCCGUCACGCUGCCGGACUGUCAGAUCGGCCGUCACGCCGCCGAACUGUCAGAUCGGCCGUCACGCUGCCGAACUGUCAGAUCGGCCGUCACGAAGCCGGGCCGUGAGACAAAUGAUCACGCAUUAAUUCGCACAGCGCGACAUGGUAUCCUGGUCACAAACGAUGAACUGUGGUUUGGUUGGAUGCAGUGUCGGAAAGCCGUCUUGGUAUCCUUGGUAGCAGUGAUGUCAAAAAAUGGUGAUGAUGAUGCUCACAUACUCCGAGGGUGAUUUCUCUCCUGACCAUGUGAUCGGUCAACGUUCACGACGAGACUGUGGCAUUGCAUUCUAAUACACAUUUUGGAGAUGAA